UUUCUGCUCAGCAACUUGACCAAACUUGCUCUUGCUCUCCUUGUGGCUCCAGCUCGGGUUUUUUUCUUUUUUCUUUUUUUUUUCUUUUUCUUUUUUCUUUUUUUUUUUUUUUUACAAACCCCACCCUCCAUUACUCAGCCAGUCUCCUACGUGUUAGGACUGGUGCUGUGGAGGUUUACAAGCCCUGGGAAGCAUCUGGGGCAAAGAGAGAAAAAAAACAAGCACUUUCCCCUCUCCUCUCGGCUCCGUGUCUUCGCUCCGGAGAGUUAAAGCGACUUUUUUCCGCAGCGGCCGCAUGUCUGAGGAGUUUUUACAUGGUGGCAUCCGGCCACGGCUCCGUCCAGCCAGCAGAUAGAACAGCAGGCAGGGUUUCUCUCCAUGUUCUCCGACUUGGAUUAAGUUCUGCAUGGAAACAAAUGUUAUUUGAACCCACAGAGAGGAGCGGAGCGACAAUCAGCGGGUGUCGGAUACAAGUCUUCUUCUUUUUCUCCUUUUUUAUUUAUUUUUUUGCAGAACUGGGACACAAGCGUGUCUGAUUUCUGCAAAACUGAUCUAAACUUCUGCUGCUGCUGCGAUGCCUGCGAGGUUUCAGAUGCACUUUGGAGGAUUUUAGUCCAGUUUGAACCGGGAUAACACAGACGCGCCUCUAAGGAGCGGAGGGGAAAAGACGCACAACAGCAACAUAAUUAAAAGUAGAGUUUAUAGAAAUUCAAGCAUGGCGUUGAAGGCGAGGGUGUUGUACGACUUCACCUCGGAGAACCCAGGGGAGAUCUCCAUAAGGGAGGACGAGGUGGUGACUCUGUACAGCGAGGAGGAGCUGGAGGGCUGGCUGGAGGGGGAGAACAGCCGGGGGGAGGCCGGCCUCUUCCCCGGCUCCUACGUGGAGAUCAUCAGGGACCAGAGAGCCUCCUCCUCCUCCUCUUCCUCCUGCAUCACCUCCACCACCAAUAACAACAACGGCUUCUCCUCACCCAGCAAAGCCAAAGCCAUGACCCCCCCACACACCGCCGCCUACCCGUCCCAGGACCCCCAGCAGCCAUCGUCCCACAGAGGAGGGACCAGCCAGGGCAGCGAUGACGACUGGGACGACGACUGGGACGACGGCUCCGUGGCGGCGGAUGAGCCCCACGGCGGCGGCGCCGUCCCGCCCUACCCAGUCACCACCUCGUUACCGGGGCGACGCAGCAGCGCCCAGCAGCACUCGCAGGCCAAGAGCUCGGCCACGGUGGGACGCAACCUCAACCGCUUCUCCACCUUCGUCAAGUCCGGGGGCGAGGCCUUCCUGCUCGGCGAGGCCUCGGCGUUCGUGAAGGACGGCGACCGGAUCUGCGUGGUGACGGGGCCGCACGGGCCCGAGUGGCAGGAGGACCCGUACCCCUUCACCUGCACCAUCGACGACCCCACCAAGCAGACCAAGUUCAAGGGCAUGAAGAGCUACAUGUCGUACGGGCUGACGCCGACUCACACCAACGUGCAGGUGAACCGCAGGUACAAGCACUUCGACUGGCUGUACGCCCGCCUGGUGGAGCGCUUCCCCGUCAUCUCGGUGCCCCACCUGCCGGAGAAGCAGGCCACCGGCCGCUUCGAGGAGGACUUCAUCUCCAAACGCAGGAAGGGCCUGAUCUGGUGGAUGAACCACAUGACCAGCCACCCGGUGCUGGCGCACUGCGACGUCUUCCAGCACUUCCUGACGUGCGGGACGGACGAGAAGGCCUGGAAACAGGGCAAGAGGAAGGCGGAGAGGGACGAGCUGGUCGGCGCCAAUUUCUUCCUCACCAUCAGCCCGCCCGCCGUCCCGCUGGACCUGCAGGAGGUGGAGAGCAAGAUCGAAGGCUUCAAGACGUUCACCAAGCGGAUGGACGAGAACAUCGUGGUGGUCAACACCACCAUCAACGAGUUCGCCCGCAAGCAGAUCACGGGCUUCAAGAAGGAGUACCAGAAGGUGGGCCAGGCCUUCAAGCUGCUGGGCCAGGCCUUUGAGCUGGACCAGCAGGCCUACUCGGCCGGCCUGAACCGGGCCAUCGCCUGCACCGGCGACGCCUACGAGGCCAUCGGGGACUAUUUUGCCGAGCAGCCGCGGCACGACCUCGACCCCAUAUCUGACCUGCUGGACCUGUACAGAGGACACCUGGCCAACUACCCCGACAUCAUCCACGUGCAGAAAGGUGCUCUCACCAAGGUGAAGGACUGUCCCAAGCAGGAGGGGGAGCUGCACGAGCGCUGCAACAUCAUCUCCUGCGCCACGCUGGCCGAGAUCCAGCACUUCCACCGCACGCGCGUCCGGGACUUCCGCUCGCAGAUGCAGCAGCACCUCCGGCAGCAGAUCUCCUUCUUCCAGAAGGUGACGGCCACGCUGCAGGACACGCUGCAGAGGUACGACGACGACCACUAGCCCGCCGGCGCAGGGGCGAGAGGAGGAGGAAGAGGAGGAGUCGGCCCGGAGGAAAAGGGGUGUUGGACUUGCGAUGGAAGCCCUGUGGAGACAAACUUCGUCCAAUCAGAGAGAGAAGACGCGAUCUGAUGGAUUUUUUUUUUCAUCCAGUCAUGAAAGAGAUAAAACUGCACGUCGCUCACUGGAGCCGUUCUGAUGGAUGUUUUCUGUUUCAGAGCGAAGGCCUCGGGCUCGACCUCAUCACACACACUGACACACACACACACACACACAUGUUUUCGAUCUGACAGAGUCGCCUCUCACUUCCUGGUUUUUCCGGCGGUCACGUGACCGUCCCAUGCUCCGCCUCCGCCUCCGCCUCCGCCUCGCCGCUUAAUGGAAACCAUCCGCCGCUCUGAAAGCCAGACACCAGAAACACAUCACCUGACCCUCAGCCGCAGGUCUUCAUGAUUUAAAGGACUGAAGUAGAGACACACGGGGGGG